GAUCUGGUUUCAAAUGAGGCCAGUUUCCAUGAUGUCUCUUGGAAAGUGGGAUGGUUGGUUUUAGGGUAGCCUGAAUAGAGCUGGGGUGGUAUUUCUCUUCACUUUGAACACAGGUCUGCAAUAAGGAAAAGCACACUGGGAAACUUAUCAGCCACAAUUGUAUGGGUGGAUGCUAGGGAGAACAGCUGGUUCAGCAGAAGGUUAAGAAUGUCUAUAUUGGAAUAAAUACAAAGGGAGAAUGGGGCAGCUGAUUUAAGGCAGCAUUUUGUUAUGAAGCGGUCCAAGGAAAAAGAUAUUUCCUUAAGGUUUAAGGGGAUGCUGGAAAAGAUAAAGGUGAGACACAGCACUCCAGAAGAAGCAUCAUCAACCCACACCAAAACGAUGAUAUCUCUGGGUUCUCUGUUAAACUUCUCUGGCUCCUUAUCACCUAUGCCAAAGAAGUCACUCAAAUCUGCACAGACCUUUGAAGAGAGGUCUCCACAUCCCGAGACAUGGCACCCUUGGGAUCUAAGAGAGCUUUCCAUCAUGAAUGACCACAGUGAAGAAUCUAACAACAGCUCCCAGCUCAUGUUUCCUAGAAGACGGCUUUCAACAAUAAUAGGCUCAGAGGAGUCCAAUGAAGUGUUGCACCAAACAGUCAUCCCUCCCAUGAACCCAGACAAAAAGACCAGAGAUUCUAGAGCAUCACACAGCAAAAGCAAUGAUGCCACUAUGGAGCAGCCAUCCAAAUGGCAGGAAGCAGCCCUAAAAGAAUCAACAUCGAAAAGGAAAAGGAAAAGGAAUCUUGACAAAAAGUUUGUGGAAAAGAGAGUGAGAGAAUGGGAAUUCCGCCAACUUAAAAACAUUGAAGAAGCAACCACUCAUGAACUGACAAUUGAAGUCUGAAUUGGUAAAUGAAGACUGAUUACUUGUGAGGCUGGAAAAGAAGAUAAGUAAAACUCACACAUACUGAUCAUGCAUGGUACUGUGGCCUAUACCAUGCUGAUGAUAGCGUGAGGGUCUACUCACAAUGUACUUCAUCUUGCAGAAUCCAAAGCUUCUGUAACAAAUUAAUUAAUGUAACCUCAAUAACAUGAAGAAGAAGUCCAUUGGCUGCUUGCAAAAUAACCUCUGUUUGGCAAAAAUUCCUUUAUCUAUAGAGUAAUCAAAGGUGAUGCAAUGGGGGAUGUUUUUGCUAUGAGCAUGGGGAAAGAGUGAAAGGCACCAAGAUCGGAGGACAACCUUUAGCAGAUUACUAAUUAAUAACAGUUUUGUUUGGUGUACUUUAAAUCUGGUUUGUUUCUCACUGAACUUGUCCUCUUUCACCUUUCCCUUUUUGCUCUCCCCCCAACCCCACUAGUGUUUGUAUGAGAGAUGUAAGAACCUCCAAUGUGUAACCUCCCAGAGUUAACCUCUGCAUAAUGGGGCCAACCAUGGGAUUUGAAAGGCCUGAUGAAGAGGAAGGGGAUGCUUGGCUACAGCAAUCUGGCUUGCCUAAGGCUGGGUAUCUGCAUGCCUAUUAGAAGCGGGAGGCUGAGGGCCAAGAGGGAGCCAUGGUGCUCUCUUCUUGACUUGUGGAGUCCAAGACUGUAGGUUCAGUGGGAGGGAUUAUGGGGUCCCCACAGCCAUCAAGUUCAUUCACACAAUCAAAGAAGUUGUGCACACGACAUCGAGGGGGAGGGCAGGCUGUGGGGAAGGCAGGAGCAGCGGUGUGACAGAGGGAGAUGCUGGAAGUAGGUGCCCCAGGCCAUGAAUUCGGCAGCUGCUCUAGUUAGAGCAGCUAGCAUGCUUGGCGUGGCCACUUCCCUUCCUCCUCCCCCCAGCUCACUGCCUGAAAUAGCAGUGGGCCAGGGGGAAGCUGUUUCACCCAGUGGCAAUUGCCCAGACGAUCGUAGGCCGAGGUAAAGCAAACCACAAGUUCCUCUGCUAAACACUGGAUUUGGAAGUGGGUCUUGGCAUGGGUUCAGCGCCGGGAGCGACCUUGCUCCCAGUGCUUCGCACAUGCAGCCUAACCCAGGCUAGGCUGCCCUAGCCUGGGUUAAACUGUGAGUGUAUGCAGCGCCAAGGAGUGGGUGGGAAGCUGGUACAGCUCAGCGGUCCAGGAGGAGGCCCGGGGCUCGACUAUGUUGCAUACGUUUUUGUCUUGCCUCCUGCCACCACCCCAUGCCCGCCCUGCUGCCACCAUGAGGCUGAACUGCCCAUCUUUAAAAUAAUUCUAGCCUCCAUGUGCACAGCCAGGGUGGGGUAUGUGUGAGCCGAGCGCCCCCCCCCCCCCGCCGCCAUGGUGGCAGCAGCAGGCAGAGCAGUAGCCCAGCAGACCUUGAGAACUGUGAGGUGCUCCAGCAUGCCUGAGCAGUAAUAAUAAUAAUAAUAAUAAAUAAUAAAUAAUAAUAAGCCCAAUAAUAGAGUGGCUCAGCUCACUCCACACACCCUGGCUGCACACAUGGUUCAUCCUUGUGGUUCGUCCUUGUGGUGGUGAUGGCGGAGCAUGCUUUGUGGCAGCGGUGCAGCGUGCUUGAGGCAGAGCGUGCCUUGCAGCGGGGGCACAAACCUACUCUCAGCAGCCCUGAGUGUCUAUGAAUACCCUUAAAAACUGCAAUCUGCCCAGCUUUGGGAGCUGUGUGUGCUCACAAUUUUUGACUGUGUGGAAGCAAGGGUAAGAGGAAAAACUUGGGCAGAAGUGGAAGCAAGGAAGGAGGAAAGCCUACCCAGGUUUUCCUCCUACCUUGCUUCCACACAACCAAAACUUGGGAGCACACAUAACUCCCAAAUCUGGGUAUAACGCAGGUUUUGAUAGUGAGGUCAUUCAUACAAUCAACUUCUUAGUGGGUCUUUGAACGGAACUUGGAGGGUCUAGUCAAGUGAAGAGUAGAUAGAAUAAGACACAUGUAGGGGCUAGUAUGAUGCAGACCUGUCCUGUGUCCUUCACUUAUGCUAGAUAUAAGAAGCUGGAGGGGACUGGCGCAGAUGUAGUCAAUCCCGCUGAUUCUCAAUAUGUAUGGAGCUAGAGAUGGACAGUUAUUUUCAGGGGCGUAGCUUUGUGUGCAUACAUGAUGAUGUCGUUUAUCUCACUGCUGACUAAACAGCUUUGUGACUUUUGUUUUAAGAACUGCAAAAUACCUAUGGGCAGAGACAACAGUAGGAUGACUAUGCAUGCACUAGAGACAAAGAUGGUGAUGUAACACAGUGGCUAAGAGACUGAGCUAUUAAUUGGGAAGCCCAAGUUCAAAUCUAAUAUCUGCUAUCAAUUUGCUGUGUGGCUUUAAGUUGUUCUUUCAACUUUAGGCCCCCAUGUGCAAUCAUGGGGAUGAGAACAAUACUGGCCUACCUUACAGGGUUCUUGUAUGUAGAUAUUGCAAUAAUAAAAUAGAUGCAAAGUGAAUGUGCCAAAGCACUUUUGAAAUAUUAUUGUCACUGCCUCUACUUUUCCAUCUUCAACUCUAAAAACUAUUGUUUGCUGCCUCCAUCCUUGGAUGUGGGGAUAGCAAUAGAAAUGUUGAGGGCAUGUUGAUGCACAAAUGAGACUAUGAACUGCAUAAGAAGCUGUGCUACAUAUAGCAACGGACAGGGUUUUUAAGACCAUUGUUAAUGCGUAAGUAAAAACAAAUAAAACCAAGAUCUUAAAACUGAGCAAAUGUGUUACAAUGCUAAAACAUCAUUGUCAAUGCUCUGUCUCAAACAGCUAGAAACUCUUGAACUUAAAUACAACUGAACCUAAAUAACCAAUCCAAGAGGAGGAGGGGGGAGACUCUACAGAACAAAUUAUAACCCU